AGAAACGCUGACUGUGACAAUUACAAAAUCAACCUCCCAAAUUCCCAAUUCUCCAUUUCAUUCAUCGAAUCAAGGCCGAGCGAGCUAGAGCUCUCACUGAACCCUAGCGAACAAGAUCAAAGAUUCAGAAGCGAGAGCAAAAGAGAGACCCAGCAAAGCCAAAAUCGCCAUGGAUUCAGCUGCUAGAAGAAGCACCGCCGGAGGAGGCAUCUUCGAAGGGCUUUACAAGGUGCUCAUGCGCCGCAACUCCAUUUACGUCACCUUCGUCGUCGUCGGCGCUUACUUCGGAGAAAGGGCUGUGGAUUAUGGAGUUCAUAAACUCUGGGAAAUGAACAAUGUUGGGAAACGUUACGAAGACAUUCCAGUUUUGGGUCAAAGGCCUGCAGAAGAAUGAUUUUUUAAAUACCUCUACUUGGCGUUUUUCAAGUCCCAUACCUUUGGCAAUUUGAAGCAUUUAUGUGCUUAGGUAGCAUUUGCAUGUUUGCAAUAAGUGUAAUAUGCCUGUGUGCAUUAGACAUCUUUUCCAAGCAUAGUUUUGGGCUUUUUUGGAAAUAUUGAAUUGGUAUAAAUUCUGGAUGGCUACAAUGAUUUCUAUGAGAACAUUGUAUUUUUCCGUUUA